UAUAUAUAUAUAUAUAUAGUUGUGGCGAGUGGGGCGGGGCCGAGAGUCGUGGGAACGAGGAGUGAGGCCAGGUGUAGUGAUUGAAGAUGAGCUGCACCUGCGCCCCACCGCCCGUAUCGAGUCCCACGUAGGAGAUGGAAGGAUAUAAAACUGGAGUGACGACCAUGAAGGAGGAGAGAGGACCAGGCCUGGGACAUUAUUUUAUGUUUGCUUUUUAUUUUGAGCGCACCAGUCGUCCGUGAGGGGCUGGUGUGCUGUUUUGUGUUUAUUUUUCAAUUAUUAAAAUGUUUUGAUUUUGCGCCGGUUCCCGCCUCCUUCUUCCCGAUGAUUAAAAAGGUCGUAUUGUUACAAUAGUCUUCAGUGUUGGUAAGAUUAAUCUUAUCAGGCUUUUUAUUAAGUGACAUGACAUACAGCCAAGUAUGGUGACCCAUAUUCAAAAUUCGUGCUCUGCAUUUAAACCAUCCAAGGUACACACACACACACACCCACCCACCAUGAACACACACCUGGAGCAGUGGGCAGCCAUUUUUUAUGCUGCGGCACCCGGGGAGCAGUUGGGGGUUCAGUGCUUUGCUCAAGGGUGCCUCAGUCGUGGUUUUGCCGGCCCGAGAAUUAAACCCACAACCUUAGGGUUAGGAGUCAAACUCUCUAACCACUAGUCCACGACUUCCCCCAUUUAUGUAUUUAUAUGAAUAAUAUGCUGUAUGCACAGUUCAAUGUUAAAGUCAAUUCAUUCUGUUCUUUUAUUUAUAGAUUUGUUUUUUGUUUUUUAUGGUCAUGUCUGUAUUAGCCUAGCGUGUGAAUGUAUUUUUUCAUGCCGCCUUUAAUAGUAUUUUGUGGAAAUCACUAGAAAUGGAAUCCCUCACUCUUCUGUUAUGGUGUUGUUAUAUGGUAUCCCAUUGAUUGAAAGGAGUUAACUCUUACUCAAGCGAGCCUUUUGAAUGCAGUUGAGCAAUGACUCAGCAUCCAUCGACAGUCAUGAUGGUGUUGCUUUUAGUUGUGAGGUCAGGCACUGCGGGGUUUCCCUUUCGCAUGAACUAUGCGGGGGUCUGAACGAGGCAACAUUAUCCCCUCAUUUUCCUCUCCAUCUUGAGGUUGAAUGUUUUUCACGCCUUACCUGUGUAAAAUGGAGUUACUGAGGUAAAAGGGUAGAGGUAAAUCACUUUGUGAGAAAAUCCCACUCAGUACAUCCGAGCGAUUGGAAAACCCCAGCCUUUCAGGUUUGGUUGGGCCUGUAUCCAUGAGUGUGCUCUUGCUGGAGGUGUUCUAUGGUGGCUCCCACAAACAGCUGGUUGAUCUUCUCAAGGAAAGUGUUGAAGACUGUGUUAGCUUCACUCUGCCUGCAAAGAAAUGGCACUGUAGGGCCAGAACGUCUGCUCUGUACUUAAUGCAAGCAGUUCCAGCAAGUUCCUCGUACAGGGUUUUGUUCACCAGCUCCGUACUCAAUCUACAACUUGUAGCCCUGCGGCCUGAUCUCGCCCAUCUUAAGAAGGUCCUCUACUUCCAUGAGAACCAGCUGGUCUAUCCAGUUCGCAAGAGUCAAGAAAGAGAUUUCCAAUAUGGCUACAACCAGAUCCUCUCAUGUCUGGUUGCGGAUGUGGUGGUGUUCAACUCUGCAUUCAACAUGGAGUCUUUCCUCUCCUCCAUCUCUACCUUCAUGAAGACCAUGCCUGACCAUCGGCCCAAAGAUCUGGACCGACUCAUCCGACCCAAGUGCCAUGUCCUUCACUUCCCGAUUUGCUUUCCCGAUGUCACAAGAUUCCUCCAUGCACACAAACGUCUCAGGCAUUCAGUGCGGUGUGAUGAUAUCCACGCUCCGGCUACUCCAAGCCACGCUCAAACAUCAGCUCCAAGUUGUCCAGAGCUCACAUUAGACUUGGAGCCACCUGAGAAGAUUCUCAAUGUUACAGGACCGCAGGAGUCUAUGAGUGUCACACCACGUAAGGAGAUGUUGCAUCAGUCUGUGUCUCAUCCGUGUGGUGAUGAGAGCGGGAAUCUUCAGCCACUCCACAUAGUCUGGCCACAUCGCUGGGAACAUGACAAAGACCCACAGCUGUUCUUCCAGACCUUACUGAAACUCAAAGAACGACAGCUGAGCUUUGAAGUUUCCGUCUUGGGAGAGACCUUCGCUGACGUUCCAGACAUAUUUUCAGAAGCCAAAGAACAGUUGGUUGACCACAUCCAGCACUGGGGUUUCAUGCCCAGUAAGGAAGAUUACCUCAAAGCUCUGUGCCAAGCAGAUGUCGUUGUUUCCACGGCCAAGCACAAGUUUUUCGGAGUAGCAAUGUGAACCUCCACGCUUUCUCCUGGGACGCUCUGGGGGACAGUUCCAGAUCUCUCCUGGGAGAAGACAGUGACAGGAUGUUAACAGUCACAUGUCAUGAAGUGAUCCCCAAGAAAUACAUUACGACUUAAACUCCAGCCUCGCUGUCAAAGAGCGUUUACAGUAUGACCCGGAAAAUCCUCUGUACCUCUCUGCUUUUAUUUAAGAAAAACAUCUAUAUGUGAUUUUAAUGUUCUCGUGCCGGAAAGAAAAAACAGCUUUAUAUUUGUGGUUAAUGGAAAAAAAGAACAAUCGAAAAACCUGAAACCGCUUUCGUGUUGCGCCUAGGCGGGCCCACCUCAUAUUUCGGUUCAUAUCCAUUUUUAUCCUUUGUGCCGGAGGACUCCAGCCUGGAAUUCUGGAGUCUUCGGUUCCCACUCCGACAGAGCGGCAGCCAAGUUGCGGCUUGAAACGUUGUGGGCUCUCGCUCCACCUGAGGUUGCCAGGUUGUGACAAAGUCCCCCGAGGCUCAGUAAAGGUUGAUGCAAGGCUUCCCCAGGACUGUGGUUGAAUCUAAAUAUGGUUCUUUUAUUUUCCUUGCUUCGGAGAUCUGGCUGUACGUUGAAACCAGGAACCCGCUGCAUAAUUAAGGGGGCAUGGUAACUAGCUAUUUAUAUGUUUUUGCAAAAUGUAAAAUCUGGGCAAACUAACAAUGGCCUGUCAGAUUUUCCAUAAAGAUGUAAGUGUCUGCUUUCACAUUACAGCAAUGCCACAAUCACACGGCCCACUUCAGGCCUGCCAACAUAUGUGUUAUUGAAAGAGGUCUGACUUUUA